GUUCAGGUUAAUGAGCGAACGUUUCCCUUGCCGUAAGAAGCCGUUACUCGUUACCGUGCGCACUUCACUCUCUCUCUCUCUCCCCCUCCGUAGAACAAGAGAUUCAAGAGAGAACGCCACCGCUGAACGAAGGAUUUCGAUUAUUUGCAUUGAAGCGCGAGGGUUAUUAAUCUGGUGAUGGAGAAGUGGGAAUCGACGGCUUAAAGGAAUCAUUCCAAAAUCUGUGUUGAAAACCUAGGGCUGCAAAAUGGACGGUGAGGAUAUGAGGUCUGGGACCAAAAAGAAGCGAUCCAAGAGGGAAAUUGGGUUUGACUCCGACGAUGACGAGCCCCUUGGGUCUAUUUUGAAGCUAAAGAGGUCUAAGAAGAAGGCUAGUUUGGUAUUAGAGGGGUCUUGUGGUGAUGCUGUUAGGGAAAAGGAGGAUUUGGGAGGUAUGGAUGAUACCUUGGCUAGUUUUAGGAAGAGGUUGAAGGGUCCAAAGAGAGAUCAGGGAUCUGGGGCCACCAAAGCAACUGGAACAAUUAGUUCUUUGCAUGUUCCUCUUCAGGUUGAGGCUCAUGCUGUGUCUGAUGAAGAUUUGGUUGCUUUGGGAUCUAGGAGUACCUCAAAGGAUGAGAAAGGUGUGGCCUUUUUGCCUGCUGAUGACAUGCAGAUGCACCACUCUUCUGAUCAGCAUAUGGAAGAUUCCUUGUCUGCGAUUUUCCAUAAGUCACAAUCUAAUUCGGCUAGGAAAUCUCGCGCCUCUUUGGGUUCAAAGCAGAGAAAGGUGAUUCAGAAUGUGGAUAGUGGGUUGAGCCCUGGCUCUGAAAGUUUUGUGGAAGCUGCGGAUUCUGUGGUUGAAAGUGGAUCUAGAUCUGCUUCUUUCUCGAAAUUGGUAAUGGGGAAUGUCAUGACCACUGAUGCUUUGCCUCAAGCUUCUGACCCGUGUCCACUUUCUUUGGUAUGUGUUAUGGAUAAUCAAAAGUGUGGUGAUGACUGUUCUCAAGAGGAAACAAACAAAGCCAAUUGUGAUUUGAGCACUCCAGAAGGACCUUUAGGUGAUCCCUCUCACUUGAUCAAUGUCUGCAAUAGAGAUAGGCAGCAAUUGGCUUGUGUACAAGUUGAAGAUAUUUGUUGUGCUUCUGACCAAAAUGUUGUGUUUCAAGAAAGAGUUCUUGGUGAUGGUUUAAAUAAGUGUUCUUCCGUAUCACAUGAUGAAAUAAUUGAUACUGCCUCUCUCUCAAAAAUGGGGGAAGGGGUAAGUGGGUUUGCUGCAGUUGGAGAGUUUGAAAAUAGAUUGACUGAUGAACUAGCACAAGUGUGUAAUGGUGCUUCAGAUUGUGAUGUUUCUACUUCUAUGGGGAACGAAAAUAUCUUAACUUCUGGUCACACUGAGCCCUUGAUUGAAUCAACUGAAAAUAUAUUGAAUGAGAAUAAUAAUAUGGUUUAUGGAAAAGUUUUCCAGGAAUCCUCAAGAAAUGGAGCUCUAAAGUUCUCUGGAUGCGAUGUGGAAGUAGAUGGAGGUGGAAAAUCAGAAACUGAGUUUGUUUCUGGUAGAAAUUUCUGCAAUUAUAAUAGUUUAGAUACAAAGGCUGAAGUGCAAGAUUUUGUUUUAGGUUUUUCACCUAAAAGAAAUUAUGUAACUGUAAGUGGUAGUUUAUCUUCUAUGGUGUCUAAUGAAGCCAAUGAAUCUGAAUUAGCUGCACAUUCAAAUCGCCUUGAUAAACCUCUAGAGGCCUGCAAUAUUCCAAAAGACUCUACUGCAUCAAUUCUGAAAUGCAGCUUGGUGUUAGAUCCAAUUCAAUCUGAUGGAUCCUCUCUUCAAUCUUCAAUUCCAGAUGAAAAUGGGAACUAUGCAGAAUACCAUGCCUCUUUAUCUGAUUAUGCUGACAACGAAGCUAAGAUAUCAGGCACUCCACGGGCAGUGCGAAAGGCCAAAAUGCGUAAACAUGGAGACAUGACAUAUGAGGGGGAUGCUGAUUGGGAGAUUUUAAUAAAUGAUCAAGCUCUAAAUGAAAGUCAGGUUGUAGAUGGUGAUCGCACUCUUAGAACUAGAAUGAAGAAUGAGUCCUCUUUGAAUACUGUUGAAGACCCUGAAAAUGUUGCAGUUGUAGCAGUAUCAGCUGGGCUGAAAGCCCAUAAAGCUGGUCCAAUUGAGAAAAUAAAAUUUAAGGAGAUUCUGAAGCGUAAAGGUGGUCUCAAAGAAUAUUUGGAUUGCAGAAAUCAGAUUUUAAGUCUUUGGAGCAGAGAUGUCACGCGUAUUUUGCCUCUUGCUGAAUGCGGAGUUAGUGAUACUCAUUCUGAGGAUGAAAGUCCUCGUACUUCUCUGAUGAGGGAUGUCUAUGCAUUUCUUGAUCAAUAUGGUUAUAUAAAUGUUGGAAUUGCCUCUCAGAAGGAAAAUGUUGAAAGUGGAGCAAGGCAUUGUUAUAAACUGGUUAAAGAAAAAGGUUUUGCAGAAAGUUCUGCUGCUUCCAUGGCUGAUUCUGAAGAUGGAGUUUCCUUUAUCGUUGGCCAGACUAAAAUGUCAGAUCCUUCCAAUGAGAUUAACAAUGGUCUAUCUAAGGAUUAUGAUGAGCUUGCUACUGAAGCUACAGAAGGCAUGGGGCAUGUUAACGAAGCAAUAAUGGAUUUAGCAAACAUGACACAGCAGGAGGAAAGUAAAAAAUAUGCUUACCAGGAAAAUGAUGGCAUUCAGGAUGGAGCCAUCCCUGUCAAGGUUGACAGUUCUGUUCCUUCUUCCAAGUUUCCUGAUUGCAGAUUGACUUCUCUGGUAGCGACAGAGAGAAACAAUGAAUCUACCUGUAUUAAAUCUGCCUUGUGUGAUCAGAUAGCUGAUCAUCUGCAGUCUGAUUUAGAGCCUAGAAAGAGAGUAAUUGUUAUUGGAGCAGGCCCUGCUGGGCUAACUGCUGCUCGUCACUUGCAGCGUCAGGGAUUUCCUGUAACUGUACUUGAAGCUAGGAGUAGGAUAGGAGGUCGUGUAUUUACUGAUUGUUCAUCUCUUUCUGUCCCUGUGGAUCUUGGUGCUAGCAUUAUAACUGGUGUUGAGGCUGAUGUGGCCACUGAGAGAAGACCAGAUCCUUCCUCAUUGGUUUGUGCUCAGUUGGGCCUUGAGUUGACAGUGUUAAACAGUGACUGCCCUCUUUAUGACAUAGUGACAGGAGAAAAAGUCCCUGCCGAUAUGGAUGAAGUGUUGGAAGCUGAAUACAAUAGUCUUCUUGAUGAUAUGGUAUUGGUUAUGGCUCAGAAAGGUGAACAAGCAAUGAGAAUGUCUCUUGAAGAUGGUUUAGAAUAUGCCCUGAAGAUUCGCCGCAUGGCACGCUCUGAAAGCAGUGAAGAAACUGAACAAAAAAUUUCUGCCAAUAGUCCAUCCAAUUCCAAAAAGGACAGUACCAUGGAACAAAAAUUAGAUGAGGAGAUCUUGAGUCCUCAAGAGAGGAGGGUUAUGGAUUGGCACUUUGCUCAUUUAGAAUAUGGUUGUGCUGCUUUGCUUAAGGAAGUUUCUCUUCCCUACUGGAAUCAAGAUGAUGUGUAUGGAGGGUUUGGGGGAGCUCAUUGUAUGAUCAAAGGGGGUUACAGCAAUGUUGUUGAGUCUCUGGGAGAAGGACUCACUAUUCACUUGGACCAUGUCGUAACAAAUGUGUCAUAUGGUAUUAAGGAACCUGGCCAGAGUAACAAAGUCAAAGUUUCUACAUCGAAUGGGAAUGAGUUCUUUGGAGAUGCUGUCCUAAUUACUGUUCCACUUGGCUGUUUGAAGGCUGAAACUAUACAAUUCUCCCCACCUUUGCCACAGUGGAAAUGUUCUUCUGUUCAACGUCUUGGUUUUGGAGUUCUCAACAAAGUGGUUUUGGAGUUUCCUAGUGUGUUUUGGGAUGAUGCUGUGGACUACUUUGGGGCAACGGCUGAGGAGAGAAGAAAAAGAGGUCACUGCUUUAUGUUCUGGAAUGUCAGGAAAACAGUUGGGGCUCCUGUCCUUAUAGCAUUAGUGGUUGGUAGGGCAGCUAUAGAUGGUCAAAGUUUAAGUUCUUCUGAUCAUGUCAACCAUGCAUUGAAGGUUCUUCGUAAACUUUUUGGGGAGGCUUCAGUUCCUGAUCCUGUUGCAUAUGUUGUGACUGAUUGGGGCAGGGAUCCUUUUAGCUAUGGUGCUUACUCUUACGUUGCUGUUGGAGCAUCGGGAGAAGACUAUGAUAUAUUAGGGAAACCGGUUGAUAGCUGCUUGUUUUUUGCUGGUGAAGCAACCUGCAAAGAGCACCCUGAUACUGUUGGUGGUGCAAUGAUGAGUGGACUACGGGAGGCUGUUCGCAUUAUUGACAUAUUGAACACUGGAAAUGAUCAUAUUGCUGAGGUGGAGGCUUUGGAAGCUGCACGGGGACAGCUAGACACAGAAAGGGAUGAAGUUAGGGAUAUAAUAAAGAGACUUGAUGCAGUAGAGCUUUCUAACAUAAUGUACAAGAACUCUUUAGAUGGCGCUCAAAUUUUUACUAGGGAAGCUUUGUUAAGGGAAAUGUUCUUCAAUGCAAAAAGCACUGCUGGGCGCUUGCACGUGGCCAAACAAUUGCUAACUCUUCCUGUUGGAAGCUUGAAGUCUUUUGCUGGAAGUAAAGAGGGGCUAACCAUUCUCAAUUCAUGGAUACUGGACUCAAUGGGGAAGGAUGGUACCCAACUCUUGAGGCAUUGCUUGCGUCUUCUUGUGCGUGUUUCAACCGAUUUACUUGCUGUACGCUUAUCAGGAAUGGGGAAAACAGUCAAGGAAAAAGUUUGUGUACAUACUAGCCGUGAUAUCCGUGCUAUAGCAAGCCAGUUGGUCAAUGUAUGGCUUGAAGUUUUCCGCAAGGAAAAGGCUUCUAAUGGUGGAUUAAAAUUUUCAAGACAAACAACUUUAAUAGAUUUAUCAAAGAGAAAAUCUGUUAAAGAUUCAGCCUUGGGAAAGCCACCUCUGAGCACACAUCAUACUGCCAUUGAGAAUAAAGGAGGCUUGCUGAAUCCUGCAUCUGCUGGAAGCAAUUCACCUUCCACUGCACAUGUGAAGAAAUUGCACAACAAACAAGGAAGACAACAAGCAACAUAUGACUCAAGGCAUGAGGUCAGUUCUUCCAGGUCCAGAGAUUCGAUAGACAUAGUAGUUACUGAGAAGGAAGAUAACCACCAUGCUAUAUCUGAGGAAGAACAGGCUGCUAUAGCUGCUGCAGAAGCUGCCCGUGCUAAAGCUCUUGCUGCUGCUGAGGCAUAUGCGUCUGCAGAAGCCAGGUGCAAUACACUCUUACAGCUUCCAAAGAUACCCUCAUUCCACAAAUUUGCUAGACGUGAGCAGUAUUCACAAAAUGAUGAGUGUGAUAGUAGAAAAAAAUGGACUGGUGGUGUUUUUGGAAGGCAAGAUUGUAUUUCUGAGAUUGAUUCUAGGAAUUGCAGAGUUAGGGACUGGUCAGUUGAUUUCUCAGCUGCUUGUGUUAACCUUGAUAAUUCCAGAAUGCCAGUUGAUAAUCUUUCACAGAAGAGUCAUUCAAAUGAGAUUGCCAGCCAUUUGAAUUUCAGAGAGCACUCAGGAGAAAGUGUUGCUGGGGACAGCAGUAUAUAUACAAAAGCUUGGAUUGACACGGCUGGUGGUGUUGCAAUAAAAGACUAUCAUGCCAUAGAGAGAUGGCAAUCACAAGCAGCUGCAGCUGAUUCUUAUUUUUCUAAUCCAACCAUUCAUUUGAAGGAUGAGGAGGAUUCAAAUGCCUGUUCAAAAUUACCCAGCUGGAAACGUGAAGGUAUUGCAAAUGAGAGCUCUGUUUCGCAUGUUACUGUAAAUAAAGAGGCCUUAAAAAGCCAUUCCCGAGGAGCAGAUCAUAUUAAACAGGCAGUUGUGGACUAUGUUGCUUCACUACUUAUGCCCCUUUAUAAGGCAAGGAAACUAGACAAGGAUGGAUACAAAGCUAUAAUGAAGAAAAGUGCAACAAAGGUCAUGGAGCAAGCUACAGAUGCAGAAAAAGCCAUGACUGUUCAUGAAUUUCUAGAUUUCAAGCGAAAGAAUAAGAUUCGAUCCUUUGUUGAUAUAUUGAUUGAGAGACACAUGGCAACAAAGCCUGAUGUGAAAUCUUGAUGCGUUGGAUGGAAUGGCCUGUACUUUGUUGUAAGGGUGGCCAAAGUUUGGUUCUUCCUACUUAAGUUCUCACAGUUUUGGUGGCAAUGGGCAUGUCUUGUAUGAGCACUUCAAUCUACCUGUGUAAAUGAUCUAGAGGUGCAAUUAAAAAGACUAAUAAAACUUGAUCGAUUCAAAUCAAGUGGACUCUGGAAAUUCCUUGUCCUAGCAGCCUUGGACAGAAUACUAAAUACUACUGGUGGAUUACCAGUAAAUUGGCAGGUUUGAAGGUGACAGCAGGUUGCAUUCAUCUAUCGGUUAAUAUAUCGUCUUUCAUUGAGGUUCAUACCUCCGAGGAUUGAAAACAUAGGCCCCAUUUUUAUUAAAGGGGUUUCUGAAGGGCAAGACAUUAAAUGACUUUAUCAAUUUCUUCUAUUUGUACAGCUUAGGAUUGUUCUAGUGAUGACAAACAUACAUAUCCAUUUUCAAUGUCCUAGAAACAUUUUUCUUAUUUAACAUCAUUUACUAACUUUUUUGUUUUUCAUUCUCCAAAAUGGGGAAAGAAUUAAUGCCAGCUUUUGUAAGAUACUUGGUUACUCCAAGCAUUUUCUCCUUCCAUUCCCUUGUGUGUUCUGUGUUGCACCCCGUCUGAGCACUCUGUCUAUCUAUAGUUGAGUCAGCUUCGAAGUGUGUACUUAUAAUUAAAUAGAAACGUCGCAUUCUUGGCAAAUGAGCCCUUCUAUUUAGAUAUAAUUAUGCUUCAAAGGAUUGCGCCAUGGGAUGCCCAACAGCCAAAGUCUUUUGAAUUGUUGAGUAUAAUCCGUUGGUCAGUGUUCUGUGUUGGCCAUUCUCCCAUUCUCCUUUGCUAAUUAUUGCUUACACCUCUUUCUAUGGUUGCUAGGCCGAUAAAGAUUUUUGCAACUCUUGCCUUCACAGCCAAUUUUCAGGUGCUUUCUGUUUUCUUAAUUUUAUGACCUUUCUAACAAUACCCCACUUGGUGUUGAGCCGGAUGGCCUUGUUAUGAUUCAAUUGCUUUUUGUUUCUGCUGCAGACUGUCUUCAUGCCAGCAAUAUGAAAUAUUGGAUUAGAAAAUAUCGCUGCCAGGGAAAUUAAAUUCCACUGGGUGUAUCUAGGGGUGAGUACAUUUUGUCUUGGCAUUGCAGGCAGUUUUUAUGUUCCACUCAAUCUUCAAGCUUAUGAAUUUCUCUUCAUAUUGGUUGCACAUACUGUAAAUAUUGGUUGUUGACAAUUUCUGUGAUGCUUACAAAGUUAUAUUUUUUGAUAUGCUACGGCUUCAAGAUUGUAAUAUUCAAUUCAUUUGUUUUCU